AUGCCCGGCAUGUGGUAUCACAUCUCCAAUGCGAACGAGUACCUCGUCGUCACCGGCGCUGGCGUCGAUGAUGUCCGGAUUGUCAAGAAAGCGCUCGUCUACCCGUGGCAGCGCGUCGCUCGCAUCUCCGUCUCCCCCUUCGACUUCUCCCUCAACCUGCAGGCCAUGACCAUCGAGAAGUUGCAAUUUGCCCUACCUGCCGUUUUCACCAUUGGCCCGGACAACAAGCCUGAAGCCCUCAAGAAGUACGCCUUGCUCCUCAGCGGGAACCCAGAUGGCACGCCUUCCGCAGGCAGGAAGCCGGGGAUGGCCAUUGUGCCGACCCAGAGAGGCCAUGUGCAAGACAUCGUGAAGGGCAUCAUUGAAGGUGAGACCCGUGUCAUCGUCUCGAGCAUGACCAUGGAGGAAAUUUUCAAGGAGCGACAGGUCUUCAAGCAGAAGGUUAUUGAGAAUGUCCAGAACGAAUUGGACCAGUUUGGUCUCCGAAUCUACAAUGCCAACGUCAAGGAACUUCAAGACACACCAGGCUCCGAGUACUUUGCCUUUCUCUCCCGCAAAGCCCACGAAGGAGCAUCCAAUCAAGCCCGUAUCGAUGUGGCUGAAGCUCGCAUGCGAGGUGAAAUCGGCGAGGCGGGGAAGCGUGGUCAUACGAAGCAGGAAAUCUCCAAGAUUGAGGCAGAGACUGCUGUUCUCGAGACCAAGAGGAGAGCCGACAAGGCACAAGCAGACGCCGAGCUCACGAAUCGACAAACGGAACUGGACAUGACCAUCCAGAUCAAUCAAAUCCAAGCUCGGAGAGCGGCCGAGGCCCGCGACGCUGAAUUGCAGAAGGAGGUCGAGACGAAGAAGGCGGCGACGGAGCUGGAGCGUCUUCGGGCCAAAGACCUCGUCCGUGCCCAGAUCUCAAAGGAAACCACCCAACAGGAGGCUGAUGCCGACCUCUACCGUGCGUCCAAGCAAGCCGAUGCCAAGGCCUACGCCGAAAAGCAGGAUGCCGAUGCUCAGCUGUUCAAGCAGCAGCGUCAAAUCCAAGCCAGCGUGGAACGCCAAACGAAAGAAGCCGAUGCAAUGUACCACGCCAAGAUGCGUGAGGCGGAAGCCACAAAGGCACAAGCAGAAGCGUACAGAGAGUUGGCCGACGCGUUCGGCGGACCACAGGGUCUGCUGCAAUUCAUGAUGCUGAAGGAGAACGUCUACGAGAAGCUGGCCCUGGCCAACGCAAAAGCCAUUCAAGGUCUUCAGCCCAAGAUCACCGUGUGGAACACCGGCAGCGGAGACGCCAGUGGCGCCAUGGGCGAAGGCAUCGCGCCCAUCAAGAAUAUCAUGCAGUCACUGCCCCCUCUGCUCAGCACGAUCCAGGAACAAACCGGCAUGACUCCGCCAAGCUGGAUGGUGCAAAUGCCCAAGGACGUCAACGGACACCUGCAGCCCGAGGAGCGGAGAAAGGUCCUGCGUCAGAGCGCCGACGAGCAGAAGGCAUGA